AUGGCCGACUCUAUCAAAUCUCCUUCUUUCGCCGCUACGCCCGAUAAACACGCUCCUCCAGCCCCGCGUUUUCACGACAUCGCUGUCACGCCCCAGAGUCUCCCUCCUCUCGCCGAUGUGUCAACCAAUUCAGCCGUAUCUGCAACUGAUUCGGAGAAGCAUCCCAAGGGGAAGAGGAAGCGGACAACGGCAAAAGACAAGAUGGUUCUGGAAGAGGCAUACAGCAGUAACCCUAAGCCCGAUAAACAGGCGCGCCUGGACAUUGUCCAGCGCGUAUCGUUAAGCGAGAAGGAAGUUCAGAAUGACCGCAGGAAAUCUCGUCCUUUGUCACCAGGAGAAGUUGCUGCUCUUCAUCAUGGAAUUAUGCAUCCCUCGACUUUCGACCCAAUUACACACACUACAACUCCAAGCAAACCCGAACAUCCAUUUCCAGUGUCCGAAAGUUCUAUAUCUCGAUUUGGAGAUCCCAUCUCUGUGCCCCCUCGACAUCUCGACCGGACACCCUCCAUGCCACGAUAUCACUCAGACCAUGUGAAUAGCACUCCAAUCCCCCUUGGCCAUGACAGUUUUCGCUACUAUUCUGACGCCACUCCUAACCGCAUCGAUCCUACUCUUCCACACGAAGCUCGAGAUGUGUCCCAUUCCUUGUCAAGCUCUAUAUCUAGUAAUGUUGGCUACCUGUCCAACCGGUGGAAUGCUGGGGCCACUUCAUUCUCUACGCCAGCUGCUUUUGCCCGCAGCGGUGAUGAUUCAUUCAGAUUUGAUACGUUCCCUCCGUCCUCAUGCGCUUCUGAUCGUGUCAUUGCUACCCCCCUCUCCCAAAACCAGCCCAAAGUUCACCUUUCUACAUCCUUAGACGGAAAGGCAGAGUUAGUCUCCAACCAAGGCUCUCCUUCACGUGAAUUACCUCCCCGACCAUCCUCCACAACGCCAUAUUUGCCUGACGAGCGACAGCGCGGUCUUCAACGAGGCCUACAACGUAGUAGCAGCGCUGUUACUCUCCCUCCCUUGUCGGAACUCACUAGCAGUUUGCCUCCUAGUCUUGUGCGAGGUCGGUCUCGUGAUGUGCAUGCCUGGGAAAAAUGCGCGGACGCUGAGAACCGUGAUGAGCUGACAGCGCAGGCCGAGUACGAGUCGAACGGAUCGGCGGCUGCAGCUAUCAACAUCCUUCGUUCUACGAGCGGGAUUCUUCAACCAAGUAACGCCAAACGCAACGCUCCCAUGACAAGGCCCCAACGACCUCACCAGGCAAAGAAGGCAAAGCUGGAUCCUACUGGGUCAAGUAUUUCACGACUAGACGCGGACUUGGACGAAAGGGAAAAGGCUGACAGGGAGCAUGGCAAGGUGAAGGUUUCGAUUUUGGUCUCUCCGACAGGUGGUGACUCGGAUAAGGAGAACUUGAGCCCUGACGAGGAGACAAGUUCGCCAGACCCUUACCACCGUCGACCUUUGCCACCUGCACCCAAACAUGUUGGCGAUAACCCUCGACGAGUUGGCCGAGCGCUGCAGGAGCAAAGGAGCCCGAACUUACUCGCAAACCGCGCAAACAUGGCGCCCACACGACCACGUUCCAUCGUCAAGGAAGGAUUGGAGAUUUUCCAGGACAGGAUGAAACCAGUGCUGUCUUCCAGGGAACCAGAUAUGGUUCGAGGUUCCAUCAGUCCUAGUAAAAAGCCCGACAUGGACUGCGUGGCAGGUCUUCUUUCUCUCAGCCAAGGAGCUUGGAGGUGA